GUGCAAAGGAAUGCGAGGUACUCAGAGGUACUUCCUGGAGAUCAAGUGCUAGUACAACAAGAGAGGACAUUCAUGACCUGCCAAACGGUCUAACCCCUACAGUUAAGCUGUUUGCCGAUGACAUUCUCUUGUACGGAGUGGUGGUUGAAGACUCAGAUUGCGACAAUCUCCAAGACGAUCUCAACAAACUAGAAAUCUGGCAAAAUGAGUGGCAGAUGCAAUUUAACCCUUUUAAAUGCAAUAUCAUCUGCAUUUCAAAUAUUCAAAGACCCCCUCAACGGUAAUAUUUUUUUUCUGUGGGUCCAAACUCGAACAAGUAGACUCUGCAUCGUACCUAGGAAUUACUGUUAACAUUAAAUUAAAGUGGUCUGAACACAUCUCAUCUAUCUCAAACAAGGCGAGUCGAUCCUUUGGGUUGAUCAAGAGAAAUCUCAGGAACUGCCCAAGGAAAGUACGUGAAACGGCCUAUACCAGCAUCGUCCGACCCAAACUGGAGUACGCAAGAGCCUUGUGGGACCCGCACUACAAAAAAGAUAUUUCAGCCUUGGAGAGAGUUCAAAGAAAAGCUGCUUGUUUUUGCCUUCAAAACUUCAAUAAAACAGCAAGUGUGACAGACAUGUUAUCUGAUCUGAAAUGGGACACAUUAGAAACAAGACGAAAGAAAAACAGAUUGACUUUGAUGUACAAACUUAGUCAUAAUCUAGUAGACAUAAACACAGAAGAACAAUUAAUACCAAACAGUGAGUUAAGAACACGCAACAGCCAUGCUUUUAGGUAAAGAAUGCCAAAAGUUUCUAAGGGCGUCUUUAAGUUUUCGUUUUUUUCCUAGAUCAAUAACAGAGUGGAACUCACUGCCCGCUGACUUAGUAAAUUGCAAGUCAUUAUCUGAUUUUAAGUUAAAUUUAGGAAAGCACGUGAAAUAAGUGAAGUAAAUUAUAAUUUUGAAUUAUCAUAAAAAAGGUUAAAGGUUAAAGGCUUGUUUAUAGUGGAAAGAGCACUUAGCUUGUCCAGCUAAUUUACAGGCACUCCACUCAAAUAUUAGAAACAAAUAAUUCAAAUACAACAUAACAGGAUUAAAAACCCCAAACUGGCAGAAGGCAACCAGUUGGCUAUUUACAAGCGUGGCCGAGAAUUUGAACUCGGGACGACCGAGCACAAAUCCAGCAAGUGGCCAGAGCGGGACUCGAACCCGGGACCGCCAGAUUGCGAGUCCGACGCCCUGACCACUCGCCCACGCUGCCUCCCCAUCAUCUAUUUAUUUUGUUAUUUGACAUAUUGACUUUUAUUCAUAUGUACUGACUUUUAUUCAGAUGUACAUAUAUGUAUAUAUAUUUUUUAUUUCAGCUUUUAUUACAGUUGAUGUGAUGUCUUACAAGAUUUUAUCCACUUAAUAAAUGUAGAUGUAGAUGUAGAUGUAGAUGAGGAAAAACAAGCUCACAACUCGUUUUGAACCAAGUCCGUACACUGUGGUAAACAAGCAUGGGAAAAGCUUGAUCGUGCAAUCUGCAGGAGGAGCCCAAUACUCUGGCAAUACAUCUCAUGUAAAGACACUGCUAGAGAAUGGUGAUGCACAUGAUGACACACCAAGUAUACCGGAAGUGGUGACCACCGGAGAGCCCCACAAGCAGGAUAAACCGACCCCGCAGCAGAGUGUGGUGAUACCGGAACCAAAUGUUGUUGAGCCUGAGGUUCCACUUAGGAGGUCCCAGAGACACAGAGUGGCCCUAAGUUAUCUCAAAGACUAUUGUACUUAG